CCCACAAUGACAGCACCUUGUCGAUCCCCAAAGCCUCGUGAACAGCAAGCCACGGGUGGCAGCGGUGACCAAUCGCAGGCACAUUAUUACAUUGCACAUGUCUUGACCAGCCGUGUCCGCCCUUCGAUCCAUCUGUGCCGUGUCGAAGUCCGAGGUUUGCGCAGAGGUGUGCUACACCUUACGAAGUCGUACAUGGCGAGCUGACCUUCUUGGAUACAUCAUCAUGUAAUAUUAUAAUCAUGUCAGGCAAAGAAGACAUUGCCUACGCGGCACAAGCUGAUGCCUUUACCAUCUAUCAUCAUAUACAAGAACUCCCAGAGCCAACCACGUCAAGCUAUGCUGGCGGCCCAGCACUUCCAGCACUUGGUCACGCAGUAGCUGGGGCGUUGGCAAGCGGAGGCGUCAGACUUGUGCUAUACCCACUCGAACUUGUCACGACACGCUUGCAGGUACAGCGGCAGCUCCGUGCUCCCUCGGAGGCACCGUCCGCGGCCCAAGAUGCGGACGCCGAAUAUAGAUCGCCACUCGAUGCUGUACGGAAGAUCUAUAAGCACGAGGGCGGCUUCUCCGCAUUCUAUACUGGAUGUGCACCCGAUCUAGUCAAAGGCGUCGCAGACUCUUUCCUCUUCUUCCUUGCGUACACUUUCCUACGCCAGCGUCAGCUCAAGAAGGACGGUACGAAAGAUCUCAGCGUCGUUAAGGAAUUAGCGGUCGGCAUCGCCGCCGGGUCGUUGGCGAAGCUCUUCACCACUCCUAUACAGAAUGUCGUGACCCGAAAGCAAACAGCAGCUCUUGUAGCAGCGCGAGAGCCGACGUCGACAGCCAGCCCAGCCGAGAGCGACAAGUUGAGCGUCAGAGCAAUUGCUUCUCAGAUAUAUGACGAGAGAGGCAUUACAGGCUUCUGGCGGGGCUACUCGGCAUCGACUAUCCUCACGCUGAACCCAGCAAUUACCUUUGCUGUCGACAACCUGCUGAAGCAGCUGCUUCCGCCAUCUAAGCGAGACAAGCCGCCACCAGCGCUACGAUUCCUGCUCGCAGCCCUAUCGAAAGCUGUUGCAACCACUCUGACGUACCCGGUGAUACUGGCGAAGUCCAGAGCUCAGGCGGUAUCGCACAGCUCGAUUGCGGAAGCAGAAGGUACUGAGGAGACUCCCUCGGACGACCGUAAAGGCAGACUCCGAAAUCUUACGCACCGAGCGCUCCACCUUUUAAGCGCACAGUAUAGACUCCUCUUGGCGGUGCGCACGAUAUAUCGUAACGAGGGCGUAACCGGAUUGUACUCUGGCCUCGAAGCUGAAGUGCUCAAAGGCUUCCUAAGCCACGGACUUACGAUGACGAUCAAGGACAGAGUUCACAUCGGCGUUAUACAGCUGUACUACAUGGUCCUGCAGCUCCGGGGCCAAUGGACGCAAAGGGUGCAGGAGGCGAGGAGCCUUGCAACUAACGCCAAAGCGCGGGCGGAGAAGGCCGGGGAGGUUGUAAUGGAGAAGGGCGAAGAUGUUCAGCGCAACAUUCACCAGCUCGCCGCCGGCGGCAGGGAGCAGGCGGCAAUGGUCGGCGAAGCGGUGAUGGAAAAGACUGCGGGAUCCCAGCAAGAUGUGCAGAGUCUUGCCGCUGACGCGAAAGUGCAGGCGGAGAAGGCCGGCGGGUCUCUAAUGGAGAGGAGUGUGGCACUGGGAAAAGAUGUCACAAGUCUUGCCGGUAACGCGAAAGUUCUGGCCGAGCAGGCUGGCAGUGCGGUGAUUGAAAGGACUGCAGGAACUCGACAGGAUAUUCAGAAUCUUGCCGCUGAUGCGAAGGUGCAGGCCGUGAAAGCAAGUCAGGCAGUUCUGGAAAGGACUGGAGGACUGGGAGGGGACGUCCAGAGUCUCGCCGCUAGCGCAAAGGCUGGAGCGGAGCAGGCUGGGAAUGCCGUGAUGGAGAGGACGGAAGGAUCUCGAGGCGACAUCUCCAAUUUGGCCACUGAUGCGAAGGUGCAAGUGGGGAAUGCAAGUCAGGCCGUGAUGGAAGGCGCCAAGGAGCUGGUCGGGAACGACAAUGGUAAUGAGUAGGAAUCUUUCCAUCGGACAUUGGUCUUUGUUUCAGUAGUGUAUCUAUACAACCUUUUGCGUCCAUCCAAAAUCCAUCAUGACUUUCUUGGAGUUGCGCGCUCCGCGAAUAGUGUUGAUGCGGUAUCCGGUAUGUAU